UCUAUUUGUCUCUCUCCAUCACAGUAGGGCCUCAUAGAGAGAGAAAGAUAUGCAAUAUAUGCAAAGAGAAGCUUGAGAGAUUUUUAUCUCCCUUUUUCAUUUUUGAUGGUGUUCUAUAAUGAGAAGAGGAUUAAAUCUCUUCUUCUCUGAAGAAGAUGUCUUUCUUUCAACAGCAAGAGACUCAUAAUCAAAGCCCAGCAUUGGCUCUUGACGGGCUUUAUUGUGAAGAGGAUGGAUUUGGAGAGGAUUAUUCUUGUGGUUUGGAUGAUGAAGCUAGCCAGGUUUAUGAACAAAAUGUGAAAAAGGAGCAAAAUUUAUCUUCUGUUUUGCUUGAGCAAGACUUGUUUUGGGAAGAUAACGAGUUACUGUCUUUAAUCUCCAAAGAGAAAGAGACCCAUGUUGUUUUUGAUAGUGUAGGAUCUAGAGAUGGAUCUUUAAUGGUGGUUCGUAGAGAGGCAGUUGAGUGGUUUUUGAGGGUAAAGGCACAUUAUGGGUUCAGUGCUUUGACUGGUGUUCUUGCUGUGAACUACUUUGAUAGGUUCAUUUCAAGUUCAAGGUUUCGAACAGAUAAGCCAUGGAUGGGUCAACUUGCUGCUGUGGCUUGUUUGUCUCUGGCUGCUAAAGUGGAGGAAACCCAAGUGCCACUUCUUUUAGACUUGCAAGUGGAGGAUGCAAAGUACGUUUUUGAAGCCAAGACCAUAAAGAGAAUGGAGCUGUGGGUGCUGUCAACUCUUCAUUGGAGGAUGAAUCCUGUAACCUCAAUUUCUUUCUUUGAUCACAUUAUAAGGAGACUUGGAUUAAAGACCCACAUGCAUUGGGAGUUUUUAUGGAGGUGUGAGCGUUUGCUUCUUUCUGUCAUUUCUGAUUCAAGGUUCAUGAGUUAUCUUCCUUCUAUAUUAGCUACUGCGACAAUGUUGCAUGUUAUCAAGGAGGUUGAGCCACGUAAUCAACUGCAAUACCAAACUCAGCUCAUGGCUGUGCUAAAAACCAAUGAGGAUGAAGUGAAUGAGUGUUACAAGCUCAUUUUAGAGCAACCAGGCAGCCAAAACCAACGCCACAAGCGCAAGUACCUGUCCACACCCAGCAGCCCAAAUGGUGUCAUUGAUGCAUCUUUCAGCUCUGACAGCUCAAAUGAUUCGUGGGCUGUGGCAUCAUCAAUCUCAUCAUCAUCAUCAGUGCCUCAAUUCAAAAGAAGCAGAGCCCAGGUUCAGCAGAUGCGAUUGCCUUCACUAAAUCGAAUGUGCGUGGAUGUGCUUAGCAGUCCUCAUUAGUCUUUCCCUGUCUUAAUGCCUCGAGCUAUCAUAAUCUUCCUGUUUUGCGUAUUAGUUGUUGUAUGUGUAAGAGGUACAGACGUUUUAUGUUGCAUGAAUUAGACAUUUCCGGCCAAAUCUUGAAACUGACCCAUUCUUGGAUGAGAAAUGAGGUAUCUGCUCUGCUCUCUCUUUGUUCGAGAGAGGAAUGAAGAGAUUGUGGUGUUUUUCCAAUAGGUAUGAACAGGAUGUCUGUAUUUCAACCGUUGCUCUAUUAAAUGUUAUAUGAUUCACUAGAAUAAACCCAAAAGAUUAUCCUGUUA